AUGUCUCACACUGCAGCCAUGGUGUCUUCCGCGGGCAUCCCGUUGAGCGUUGUCUCCCGCGCCACACCCACCCCAGGACCAAACGAGGUCCUCGUGGCAGUCAAGGCCAUCGCCUUCAACCCCGUGGACAUCGCCCAGCGCGACAUGGGCCUCUUCAUUGAAUCAUACCCGGCCGUCGUGGGGUGCGAUGUCGCGGGUGUCAUCGAGGCGAGAGGCGCGGACGUGACGGACAGCGCAUACCAGCCCGGUACGCGAGUGACAGCCUUAGCCUCCUCGUUCUACAUGCAAGGAAACCCAGACUACGGUGCGAUGCAGGAGAAAGUGGUCGUGCCCAUCGCGGCCGUGACGCCUCUUCCGGACACGCUCGGGUUCCGCGAGGCAUGUAUCCUGCCGCUGUCCGUCUUCGUCUCGUGGACCGGGUGGACCGUCCUAGACAUCCCACACGAGCGGAACGUCGCAAACUCCUCCUCUGUGUCUAAAACCCCGGGAGUGAUUGUCUGGGGCGCGGGGAGCAGCAUGGGCACCUCAGCAGUGCAAACAGCCCGCUGGCUAGGAUUCACCGUGUACGCGACCGCCAGCCCGAAACACUCCACAUACCUGCAUGGGCUUGGGGUGUCGCGCGUGUUCGACUACAAAUCCCCCGUCUCGGUCCUCAAGACGGAGAUCAGCCAAGCCAUGGAGCAAGAUAACCUCUCCAUCAACAAGGUCUUCCUUGCAGCGGGGCAGGUCGCACCCGCCAUCGAGAUCCUACGCGCCAUCAAACCCGACUCGGAAAGAGGGAUCAUCGCCUCCGCCCCCCUCGUCCCCGCCGAUCUUCCUCCGCUAGGUGACGACCUCGAGGUCAACUUCAUCCUGCCCCCGUCUGACCCGGUGGCCAGGGAACAACUGGCAGGUUGGAUCUUCAAUUCCUGGCUUCCGGGCCACCUCGCUUCGGGGGAGUUUGUCCCCGGGCCGGCUGUUAGGGUUGUGGGAUGUGGACUUGAGGCGGCGAAUACGGCCUUGAAUGAGUUGAGGGGUGGCGUUAGUGGGGAGAAGCUGGUUAUUGAUAUAAGUGGUGAUGUAUAA